AUUUUUUUUUUCUUCUUUUAACAUCUCGGUUAAUUAUACAAAUGUCAAAGGCUUCUUUUGUUCGUGAAUAUAAACUAGUUAUGGUUGGUGGUGGUGGUGUUGGUAAAUCAGCUUUGACUAUACAAUUCAUUCAAUCACAUUUCGUUGAUGAAUAUGAUCCAACCAUUGAAGAUUCAUAUCGUAAACAAUGUGUUAUUGACUCAGAAACCGCUUUACUUGAUGUACUUGAUACAGCUGGUCAAGAAGAAUACAGUGCAAUGAGAGAACAAUACAUGAGAAAUGGAGAAGGAUUUCUAUUAGUCUAUUCAAUUACUUCUCGUAUGUCUUUUGAAGAAAUUACAACAUUUUAUCAACAAAUAUGCCGUGUAAAGGAUCGUGAUUAUUUUCCUAUGGUUUUGAUUGGUAAUAAAUGUGAUUUAGAGACAGAUAGACAAGUAUCAAGUCAAGAAGGUAGAGAUUUAGCAAAGAACUUUGGAUGCCAUUUUAUAGAAACUUCAGCAAAGCAAAGAAUCCAUGUUGAUGAGGCUUUCUUUGAAGUUGUGCGUGAUAUCCGUAAAUAUAACAAGGAACAAGAGACACGGGGGCAUGACCAAUUUGGUAUUCAAGAUGCUCCUGAUGUUGUUUCUGACAAAUGCUGUAUCUUGAUGUAAUUUUAUACUUAUUUAUUAUUUAUAUACUAAUCUCUCUCUAUCUCAUUUUUUCUUUUUUUUUUUUUACUAAAUGAUAAUGAAUGUACACACUCUAU